CGCGCACUUUCUGCGAUAGCUGACUGGGAAGCCCAGAGCGCGGCGUCGGGUCUUGCUGCGUCUGUCCCCGUGGGUUGUCCCUCGCCAUCGCCGCGCCAUGACCACCCAGCAAAUAGUCCUCCAGGGCCCGGGGCCAUGGGGCUUCCGCCUCGUUGGGGGCAAGGACUUCGAGCAGCCUCUCGCCAUUUCCCGGGUCACUCCCGGAAGCAAGGCUGCUAUAGCUAAUUUGUGUAUUGGAGAUAUAAUCACAGCCAUUGAUGGGGAAAACACCAGCAAUAUGACGCACUUGGAAGCUCAGAACAAAAUCAAGGGCUGUGUAGACAACAUGACUCUCACGGUAUCCAGAUCUGAAAAUAAAGUCUGGUCUCCUUUAGUGACAGAGGAAGGGAAACGUCAUCCGUACAAGAUGAAUUUAGCCUCUGAGCCACAAGAAGUCCGACACAUAGGAAGCGCCCACAACCGGAGUGCCAUGCCCUUCACCGCCUCGCCUGCCUCCAGCUCUGGCCCCAGGAUCAUCACAAACCAGUACAACAACCCCUCCGGCCUCUACUCUUCUGAAAACAUCUCCAACUUCAACAGCGCCUUGGAGUCAAAGACGAUGGCCAGUGGGCCAGAGACAAAUGGCAGAGUCUUAGAGCAUUCUCAGUCUCCAAGUGGACUCGUCAUCGACAAAGAAUCUGAAGUUUACAAGAUGCUUCAGGAGAAGCAGGAGUUAAAUGAGCCCCCCAAACAGUCCACUUCAUUCCUGGUUUUGCAGGAAAUCCUGGAAUCUGAGGAGAAAGGGGAUCCCAACAAGCCCUCGGGAUUUAGGAGUGUUAAGGCUCCAGUCACUAAAGUGGCCGCAUCAAUUGGAAAUGCUCAGAAGCUGCCCAUGUGUGACAAAUGUGGCACUGGCAUUGUUGGUGUGUUUGUGAAGCUGCGGGACCGUCACCGCCACCCCGAGUGCUACGUAUGCACCGACUGUGGCACAAACCUGAAACAGAAGGGCCAUUUCUUUGUGGAAGAUCAGAUCUACUGUGAAAAGCACGCCCGAGAGCGGGUCACCCCACCCGAAGGCUAUGACGUGGUCACUGUGUUCCCCAAGUGAACCAGCAGAUGUGCACGAAACCCUCUUCUCCAAGGAGCCCCUGUUCCUCCAUGCCCUGGCCCUCUCCUCUCUUGGAAGUUCUGGCUUACUCUGGUUUUAUCUUUGCUCAUUAAAAGUUGCGCCCUCUGCCUUUGCUCACUGACUCGCACUGCUGCGUGAUGCCUGCUUUUAUAAUAAAUGGAAGAUUGUUUCAUUCAGUGUCCCCUUGCCAGCAUCGCUGUGUCUUCUCUUCACCUCAGUUCAUCUCUGCUGCAAACGGACAGCCAAAUUUGAACCAAACUGAAUUUAAUAUGUCUGUCAUCGAUUUUGUUUUUACUCAA